GAGAGGGUAAAUGUGAGCAGUAAACAUGAACGAGCUGCACAGUGGAACUUCUGCUUAAUCAAGAGGGUUUUGCUGGGAUGUUUAGAGUGAGGGAAGGGGGAAAUCACCAAGGCUGGUUCCCACCACCUUCUCCCCCGACUCUGCCAUGGGCCCUCCCCAGCUCGGCCUCAGGAUGCUGGUAUAGCAGCAGGAGGCUGCCAUCAGAGGAGCUGUGGUGGGACAUCCCUUCCCCCUGGGACAUCCUCCCCCUCCCCUCUCUGGGCAGAAGCCAUGGAUGCCCACGUGGACCUCCUGACCGAGCUGCAGCUGCUGGACAAGGUGCCCACGCUGGAGAGGCUGCGGGCAGCCCAGAAACGGAGGGCUCAGCAGCUGAAGAAGUGGGCCCAGUAUGAGAAGGAGAUGCAGCACAAGAAGAGGAAGCAUGAAAAGAAGAGAAAUGCCGUGAACAGAAAGAAGGUGUCUUUUGAAGCCAGCGUGGCUCUGCUGGAGGCUUCUCUGAGGAAUGACGUGGAGGAAGUGUGUUACCUGCUGAAGAGCAACAUCAGCCCCGACCUGUGCAAUGAGGAUGGAUUAACUGCGCUGCAUCAGUGCUGCAUAGACAACUAUGAGGACAUAGUCAAGCUCCUCCUCAACCACGGGGCCAACGUCAACGCCAAGGACAACGAGCUGUGGACUCCACUGCACGCAGCAGCCACGUGUGGGCACAUCAACCUGGUGAAGAUCCUCAUCCAGCAUGGAGCAGACCUGUUGGCAGUCAAUGCAGAUGGCAACAUGCCAUACGACCUCUGUGAAGAUGAGCCAACCCUGGAUGUCAUUGAGACUUGCAUGGCCUAUCAAGGGAUUACCCAGGAAAGGAUCAAUGAGAUGCGAGCUGCUCCAGAGCAGGUCAUGAUCUGUGACAUUCAUGACAUACUUGCCACUGGCCAAGACCUGAACAGGACAGAUGCCCAAGGUGCUACGCUGCUGCAUAUAGCUGCAGCCAAUGGUUAUCUGCAUGCAGCUGAAGUGCUUCUUGACCAGGGGGCAAGCCUGGAUGUUAAGGACUGGGAUGGCUGGGAACCUCUGCAUGCUGCUGCCUUCUGGGGACAGAUGCAGAUGGCUGAAUUGCUUGUGUCCCAUGGGGCUAGUUUGAGUGCCAGGACAUCUUUGGAUGAGAUGCCAAUAGAUCUGUGUGAAGAGGAGGAAUUCAAAGUACUGCUUCUGGAGCUGAAGCACAAACACGAUGUGAUCAUGAAGUCUCAGAUGAGGCAUAAAUCCUCCCUGAGCCGCAGGACCUCCAGCACGGGCAGCCGGGGGAAGGUGGUGAGGAGGGCCAGCCUCUCGGACAGGACAAACCUUUACAGGAAGGAGUGUGAGAAGGAGGCCAUGGUGUGGCAGCAGCUGGGGGCAGCAGAAGAAGGAAGAAACUCGGGUCUCAUUGGAGAAACUGGGGAGACUCGGUCUGACCAGGAGAAUACAGACCCUAAUUCAGUGCUGGACAACUCCUCCCUCCUCCCGGAGCUAGCGAACAAAAGCACCCAGUGCGACAGCGAGAUCCCGCUGCAGAAUGGACUGAUGGCAUCUGCCAGCCCCUACCAGUACAGCUUCUCCAACGGGGACAUUUGGAGCAUGCACGCUGACCCCGAGAGCACCCCGGGGCACGUGCUGCCCUACGGCAACCCCGGGCUGCCCGAGGCCCCGCAGCUCUGGGGCACCUACAAGGAGCACAACCACCAAACGCUGUCGGAACUGAAGCGGCAGCGAGCUGCAGCCAAGCUCCUGCAGCACCCCUUCCUCAGCACCCACUUCAGUGCCGGCAUGGCAGGAGUUGCUGAGAACGUGGGCGAGGCCAAGUCGCACUUAAUCGAAUCCAGGACUUCUCCCUACAGCUCCAAUGGGACCUCAGUGUACUACACAGUGUCCAGUGGUGAUCCACCCCUCUUGAAAUUCAAAGCUCCCAUGGAGGAGAUGGAAGAGAAGGUGCACGGGUGCUGCAGGAUUUCCUAGUCUGGUCUGUGUCUCGCCCCAGAGGACACGAGACGUGGGUGGGCUGGUUGGAUCUAUCACAGUGGCCAGGUUGUUUGCAUUUCAAAGGGAGAAUUUGGUUAUGGACAUCCUGACUGUGGCAGCCUUGUUCAUCUCAAAUUGUACUUUACCCUGCCAAUUACUUCCGUUGCAGCUGGAUGAGUAAUGCAGGUGGAGCAAGGCUCUUAGGAGGGAUGGACAUCAGUAUGAUGUCAAAAGAGUCUCCUGAGUCUUGCUCCCUGGGGAAGAAGGUAUGGCAUGCUCCCUCCCCAUCCUUGGGAAGUCAUGAAAUGCCUUGGAACAAAGAAAGGAUCUGAAUUUAAAUCUUUGUGUCUGAGCCUCUUGCUGUAAGUCACCAAGCAGCUGGGAGGUGACAGUUCAGACCUGUGUUUUCACUCUUGGGGGAUGCACAUAUCCUGGAGGAGAGGUCAGCCCCCACAUGAGGUUUUCAAGAGUGGACAGAGCUGUUUUCCACUCAGCUGGAUCCAGCACUUCCUGGGCUGAAGCAACAAGCAAGCACAGAUGCUGCACUUAGGAAGUUUGCAAGGUGUUACCUCCUUGCAGUGACAGCUCACCAUCACAAACUGUGCACUGGCUGGGUCCUGUUCUGCUCGUGCCAGCUCGUCACUGCAAACUGCCAUCAGGUUUGAAGCAGAACUCUCCCUGGAACAGGCUUCACUCAAUAGGCUUUAAAACUGAUGUUGCAAUAAAGGGGCCCUGGCAAUAGAAUUUUACUGCAAUAAAAUACUGACAAAGGUCUAUAUUGGGAUAAGUAAUUUAAAAAACUUAUUUGUACUAUUUAGACUCUUAAUUUGUUAAAACUGAAAAGACUUUUGUUGAUCUCACUUUCCUAUUGAUUCUGUUUGUUUACUCUGUAUGCUCAACACAGAUAUUAGGGGCAAUAUGCUUUGUGUUCUGAUUUUUUCUGGAUUUCCAGAACCACAGGGCUCAGGAGGGAUGGGAAGGAAAGGCUUGCCAACACUAACCCAGGAAGGCCAUGAAAGCAUUUCUAAUCCCGUAGAUGUGAACGACACUUGCAUUAACCUGCAGUCUUUGGCUGAGAAAUAACUGUAACCAUUGCUGUGGUAGCUGAACACUGCAGCAGGACAGGAGAUGUUCUGUUCUGUUUUCCAGCUCCCUUGCUGAAGCUGUCAGCUGUGGGUAGCAGCUGGCAGAGGAAGGUUUAAAUGCCUCUGUGUCUGGGGGAGUUGCCUGACACUUAACAAAGCCUCUGUGCUGUGGAGCAGCUGCAGUGCCAACACUGUGUUGGUGCAGUUCAUGUGAGAUCUGACAGCCCACCUGGGGUCACCUGGGGCUUUGGCAUUGGCUUUGCAGCAGGUUCAGGCUUUGUGUACCUGGGGGAGCUGUGGGACAGCUCUGAGGAACUGGCCACGCUUCAGCUGUAGCUAAGGAAUAACUGUAAAUCUCUAACUCCUCUGCACAGAGGGGCUGUCACACACGUAACUGUUUGCCUGCAUGAAUAUAUAUGUGUCUUCUUGGGCAGCUUAAAUUCCAAACUCUGAAGACAUAAACCUGUUUGGGUCUCUGUAAGGCUCAGUGGAUUAAAUCCAGCUCACGUAGUUGUCCUUCAGCCAAGCAACAGCAAAUGCACCUUCCACCCAUGUUCCUUUUAUCUGGCACCUGUUAGACAUCAAUAUUCCCUUUCACAUGUACUCUCCCUUUGUGGGGAUCCUCACAGCCUUAACUUCUUUCUAGGCUAUAAAAAGUUGGCUGAGGCUGCCAGUGACUGUUAAGUGCUACCCUCUGCCCCCAUAAACCCACCCAUUGCUGGGGCUGGAUACAUUCCCCUGCAGGGCUCUGGGCUCCUCAAGGCAGCAGAGGUGGCUGUGUGUCACCACCACUGCCACGCUGUCCAGGAGACACCUUUGGACCUGUGAGGUACCAGGCUGACAAUUCAAUGGUUUGAAUUGUAAGAAGAUAGAAUUCUCUUUCCUCUCCAGUUUUAGGUGCAGCCUAGAAAUUGGUAGCAGUUGAUCUGACUCGCUUAAAACACCAGUUCUGCUAAAGGCAGAGCUUGAAGCAUUCAGAGAAGUUAGGCUCCCUCCAUUGUUGAAACAUAUGCUAAUUAUAGAACUAGAAAAUGCUUCUUGUGCUUGACCUUAAGGGAUUUUUAAAGUCAUUCUCUAGUAGCAAGAGGAUGAUUUGGUAACUGGAAAGACUUUACUGCAUCUGUGUGUGGUUAACAGUGGAUCUUCUGAUUACAUUGAGUAAAUUAUUCUGGAAUAACACCAAGUGUGGCCUGGCUGUUGUUCAGAACUGGGGAGAUGAUUCUUUCAGGUGCCUCUCUUCUCCCAUGGUGGUGAGGUUUGUCUCUCCACAUCCAUCCUGAUGAGAUUUCUGAACUCACUCUAACAAAUUUUGGUGCCGCUAUCUACUAGGUUGUAUAUGGUGCAAAAUUUGGGCCCAGAUGUUGCCUUCCCUCCCAGCAAAGGAGGAGUAGGGCCCUUUUCCUUCUCAGAGCAACUUUGUGCUAGCAAGUGUAUUGAACCCUGCCUAAUUCCAAGGAAAUGAAAAGGAGAUCACCGAAUGCAGUAGCUUGAGGCUUCUUUUCACUGAGAGCUAUUAAUACAUUAAAACUGCAGGAAACCAGUCCAUUUUAGACAAACAGCUUUUUGGCUUCCACUGGUAUUUCACAUAAGUAAAACUCUGGGAACUCAUCAUCCUAGCUGUGAAGUCUAGUGGUGUCUGAUCAAAUGUAAUCCAUUCUUAACCAGACAGGAGAGUUAUUAAUGGCAAGAGACAGUAAUGGAUAAAUUUUGAAGGAUAUGUUUCACAGCCCUGCCAAGUGUUUACCUAGCAUGGCUGUGGGCUGAAGUUGCACCAGGGUGUGAGCUGGAAAGCUGUUGAAGAAUGGCUUGAAAUGGAUUCAUGCUUCUGUGUGGUGACAUUUGGGAUGUAAUGGUCACUGCCUGUGCAGCACUGGCAGAGCUGUUGGUUGUAGGUCUGGGAUGAGGGAUUCCGUAAGGUGGAUAAUUAAUUUGCUUCUGGUGGACUAUUUUGUGGAGAAUAACAGGCUUUUGGGGGAAUAAAAACCACACAGAUUCUCUACAUGGGCAUUGUAGCAGCCUACCUCUAGGAAUAACACUUUUCACUGUAAAAUUUAGCAGUAUUACAACAAUAGUGGGUAUUUGAUAUAUGUGUGUUUUAAAGGCCAUCCUACAGGAAAGCUCUGAGGUACAGAGCAGAGGGCACUUGGCUGUUUCAUGGGCUCUUAAUGUGGCUGAAAAUCUGUAGAACCUAGAAAUCAUGUUGUGACUAGCAUAUCUUAGUUUAUUAGAGCAGCAUUUGAGGUUUUUAUGAUAUAUUUAAUGUUUUUGAGAUCAAUAAAUAUCUAAUUACAGAUUCAAGGCCAGAUUAGAGUCCCAGUUCAGUUCCAGUGAGCCAAAGGUUGUAGUUGUUCAUAGAGACUGUGCAAAGAUCUGAGAAUGUGAAUGUACUGACAGGUCUGUUGCAGGCAGAGCUGCAUGAGCAUAACCCUACCUUCUCCUCACAUUUUCCUGUGUGCUGAAUUUGUACUGUUUCUAGUGGUUGAUGAGAGCAGUUUUACAUUCCACGUUGAAAGAAAUUUGUUAGAUGGAGAAAAAGAUGUUUUUCAAAACAAUGUCUCUACUUUGGUGGGCUCAGACAAGGAAGCCCCAGCACGGAAAUGUUAGAUGAGGGCUUAAGUCCCAUUGCUGGGAUCUGUUUGAAAUCAGACCUGGAUCUGUGUUUCACAUACCACAUGAUGCAGUUUCAGCCCACCUAAUUUCACUGCUUUGGUGCUCCUGAAUCUUAAGACCCUCCCAAUUUUGGAAAGAACUGACUCUAGCUGAGGUGAUUCUGUGCCAUCUUGGAGGUGUGGUUGAAGAACCACCUGGAUGAAGAACUCCUGGUAGGGAAGGAGAAGAGCAUGGCAGGGCAAUAGCAAUAAUGACUCCGUGCAAUACUCAGUGGAGGCAGUGAAUUCUUGAGUUUAUUGAGCAGGAUCUUACUUCAUGGGGUUGAAGCCCCUUAAAAGCUCCCAAGUGACAUUAUAACUUCUGUCUAGUGUCUUUUUCCUUCAGUCUUGGAGCUCUGAUUACCCCCAUCAUCCCUGCUGAAACUAAAUCUGUUACCAUGGAAAAGGGAAUAUCCUGAGGUAGCAAUAGCACUGGUCUCCAGUGAGCCAUGGAUGAACUGUUUGUCUGCUGGAAGGUUUCUCCCUACACCUGGGUUAUUUCUGUGCCUUAUACUUGCUAAAGGUAACUCGUCUCUGGAAGGUUUGUGGUGGCUAUACAGUUCUUGCUGAUCUUUAACUUGGAGAAUUUUGCAAGGGGAUAACAGUCCAGAGCAUGCCAGAUUGUGACAUUAUUAUUUACUCUUUCAAUUUCUCUCAUGAUUGCCACUUCUCUCUUCCUAAAUACACAGAAAGGAAAUGUACAGGGGCUUCUUUGUAUUUUAACAAAUCAUGUUGACUGCUUUGGUGUGUCAGUUCUCUACAAGCAGAAUCCAGAACAUGCUUGCAGCAGCAAGGUGUCACCUCUUACACCAGAACACAUUUACAUUUCUUGUUUUGUUUUGCCCAUGUCUGUGGGACAAAACAAUUCUCCCUGUUUUUUCUUCACCUUUACUCUAUUUUCAUGUUGGCCAAACUGCUUCUCAGUUCCCUCACACAAUUCAAGUACCACUGGGCUCUCCGGGCAACAUCUGCCAUGACACAAUUAUGGCCUAGAACACUUUGCUGUAUUUCAACCAGGAAAGCUGUAGCAGAGGAGACUCUGCUCGAGACACCUGUUCCCAAAGCUACAGCAAUGCAACGAUCCCCACCCACAGCUGGAGGGGAGACACGGGUUUUUAAACAGUGCAGAUGCAGCCUUAGCAUUGCCACCACCAUUCUUCAGCCUUUAGAUUGCAGUGUGAGGUUACAGGAGUGUGGAUAAGCCUGGUCCAGGCGGGACUGCUGCGUGUACAGGACAGUAGGAGAUGAUGGCAAGCCUUCUGCAAUAACUCGUAAUUCCAUUGAUCAGUAGUAAACGAUGUACAGAUAAAACUUGAUGAAAUGUAUUUUAUGUGAAGAAAAAAAAAAUAAUGUAAGAACUGUAUAUUGUAUUAGCAGCUUUGUGUAUAAAAUGGCAUUUUGGCAAUCAGAGUCUAAUAUAUUUAAAACUUUUUUUAAAAAAGGAUAUUUGAUAUUGUAUGGAAUUGACUUUAUUGCUACUGUAAGUAUGAAGAUGGUUUCUUAACAUGUUGAAGCAAUGCAUAAAAUCUUAAACUUUAUGUAAAACUCAUGCCAAAAGAGUGUUUGACAGUAUUAGCACCUGACUCAGUGUCUUUAAUAGAGAGACUGAAUUUUUUAAUUUAAAAAUUAUAUUAAAUUUCUUUUAAUAAUACAAAAA